UAUAAAUCGUAAUGCUCGUUUUUCUCAUGGACCUAAUUAUCUCUCUGACAAGUUAAGAGUCAUUGAUUGGUAUAACUAUCCUUUACCAUAUUUGCCACAUAAGUUCAAGGGAAGAAUCUCAUUGUCUUUAAAAUGCGUGAUAGCAUCAUCAAGGAAUUAGGGGACGGAUUCAAGCCCAAGAAUUUGAAGAUAAUGACUUUCUAUGGUUGUAAAUUCUUCAAAAAGAUUCCUGAUUUUUCAAGCAUCUCAAAUUUGAAAGAAUUGAUUGUCCAAUAUUGUAAAAGAUUAGUUGAGGUGCAUGAUUCGGUUGGAUCUUUGAAAAAUCUUUCCAAGUUGGAUUUUGAGGGAUGCUCUAAACUCCAAAUUCUUCCAAGAAGCCUUAAGUUGAGAUCUUUAUGUGAGCUUAAUCUUGGAAGUUGCUCAAGCCUUCGUGAUUUUCCUGAAAUUGAGUGUAAAAUGGAAUGUUUAAGGACGUUGAGUUUAUAUAGCACUGCAGUAGAAGAACUACCUUCAUCCAUCAGGAAUCUAGUUGGACUUGAGGAAUUAACUCUAUGGUACUGCAAAAACCUUAUGCGUCUCCCAAUUGCUUUAAUCCAGUUGCAACAUUUACGCGAGCUUAGUAUUGGUGGUUGUACAAAAUUGGUGAAGAAGAUGAGGGAUGAGGGACAAUCCCUUGAUCUGCACAAUGAUUCUACAACAAUUGAAGACGAGAUAUCAAAUUCAAGUAAUGGGAGCACUGCAUUACAAGUACCGAAUCUUCAAAUUAGUUGUUCCCAUUCAGAAUCAAAUUUCUUUACACUAAAUAGUUUCUUUACCAUGUUUAAUUCCUCGGCCACUUUGCAUAAGUUAAAUCUAUGCGGACUUGAAAUUGUUAGCCUUCCCACGAACAUCAAAGAAUUCGUUACACUAACUUAUCUUGACUUGCGCGGUUGUCUGAAACUCAAAGAAAUAGCAGAGCUUCCUCCAAAUAUAAGUCACGUAAGUGUUUCGGGAUGCAAGUCAUUAGAGAGAUUUUCAGAAGUAUCAAAAAUAUUGGAAUUCAAUGGAAGCCACAUCAGAUCACUGUGUUUCAUUGAAUUGACCAGCUGCGACAAAAUGCAUGUGAAUAUAUGGAAUGAUGAAGUGCAAAAUCCUUUAUUGUGGAAGGGACUCUAUGAUUAUGAUGCUACUUUGUUUCCAAAAAAUCAUAUUCCAGACUGGUUCAAUUAUGUUCAUGAGUUUUUAAAAUAUAAUGAAAUGGUGAAGGGGCUUGAUGAUGAUGCCCAACCGAAGAAAAAAGAAGAGUGGGUAAUAGAUAUUGAGGGGCCGCACUAUUUGGAGGAGAUAAGCGGAAUUGUAUUAUAUCUUGUAAUAUUUUUUAAAGAUGCUUGGAUGUGGAAUAGAAUUAGUGGUGAGGCUAAGAUAACCAGUAACAGCUCAAAUCAUGUAUGUCGUAUGCAAGAAGGGGUAGAAUUGGUUAAUACGGGUUUGUUUGAAGCGGCACAUAAGACUGGAUAUGAUGUAUGGGUGGGGUACUCCAAUUUACAAUCUUUUGACCUCAAGGUUUUGGACAAUUUGCGAGUUCAAUUUGAUCUCCAUCAUGAUUACGGACGGAUAGUGGGGUUUUAUAAAAGUUGCAGAGCCAAAGUGUUAUACAAGAAUGAAAGGAGAUCAAAUAAAAAAAGAAGAACGGAUGAAAUAAAUAGAAUGUCGGAUGCAUUGAAGCAAGGCCAUGAUGAUAGUAUGUCAGAUGCAUUGAUGCAGGGCCAUGAUGAUAGCAUGCCGGAUGCAUUGAGGCAAGGCAACUAUCAUAUAAAAAGAUACCUUUCGAGGCUUAUUGCAACAGGCAAAAGGGUAAUGACAUCCCAGAACUUACUAGAGGAAUUAGAUAAAUUAACAGAAGACAAGGGAGACUCAAGAGAGGUUUUGGAGGGCCUACUUGGUUACAUCUUGUGUUCCACCGACCAGGAGGCAGCAGUUGUUCCACCAUAUGUUGCUUUUGCCACAAGACCAAAUCCUGGAUUCUAUGAAUUUGUUAAGGUGAACUCCGAGGACUUGUCAAUAGAAGCUAUCACUGCUUCGGAAUACUUGAGAUUCAGAGAAGUGAUAUUCGAUGAAAACUGGUAAUUAAGUGUGACUUGGGAGAGAAACUGACAUGAAAACCAUUGGGAACAUAAUUUUGCAAUGACUUUAAAUUUUGUAGUUUUCUUGAAAACAUGGAUAUGUAUAGCCUUGAGAUUUAUGUAUUUUUUAGAAAAAAAUGUGUGUAGGGUUUCUUGAAAAUGUGUGUAGGUUUUCUUGAA